AUGAGCGGCCGAGGAAGAGGCUCCUUCGGUGGACGAGGAGGCAGGGGCGGACGGGGAGGCUUCGGUGGACGAGGCGGAGGCCGAGGCGGCGGUCGUGGUGGUUUCUCUGGAGGAGUGUGGGUUGCGCGCGGCAGUUCAGCUGGUGCGUCGUCUCCUUUUCAGCCCUCUCCCUGUCGUCUCCGUGUGCUCCGUUCAGGCUACAGCCAAGGCCCUCCCGACCAAAUCGUCGAGGCUGGCGAAGUGCUCCAUGCAUGCGAGUCGCAGUUGGUUGUCAAGGGCACUCUUUCCCAACAAGUCCCCUACUUCAAUGGGCGAGUCUUUCUGGAAAACAAAGAGGAGAUUGGAAAAGUCGACGAGAUUCUCGGCCCCAUCAAUGAAAUGCUCUUCUCCGUUCGCUUAAACGAAGGAAUUAAAGCUGGAUCGGUCAAACCCAAAACCAAGAAGGCGGCGCUGGAGGCGGCCGCGGCGGCGGGCGAGGCGGCCGCGGCGGCGGUCGGGGCGGAGGUUUUGGGCGAGGAGGCGGCGGUCGGGGCGGAGGUUUUGGGCGAGGAGGCGGCAGAGGAGGCUUCGCCUCAAGAGGCUCUUUCAACCGCGGGGGAGGCGGCGGACGCGGCCGUGGAGGCUUCAGUAGAGGAUCAUAAUUACGGCCCCACACAGCCCUGUUGGGGGCGCUUGUCUGUCGGAAGACUUGCGAAGGCGAAGCAUGGACUCUGGGAGAAGGCGAAUCACUUCUGGAAAUGCUUGAAGAAGAAAGGAGACUGCACUUUGGUCCCUCUCUUUGAUUCGUAG